CCGAGCGUCGGGGUCGUGCGGUCCUCACUCUCCCCCUCCGCCGGGCGCCCGGGCCGCGACUCCACGCGGAGUCAUGUCGGCCUCGGCGCCCGAGGAGAGGCCGCCAUCCCCGGGAGAACCCUUGUCACCACUUCGGGCCGGGGUUCAGUGUUUCUGUACUGUCGGCCGCGGCCUGGAGCCCUUCCUCUUGCGGGAGGUGCGAGCCCGACUGGUAGCAACAGAGGUUGAAUACAUUUCAGGGAAGGUUUUUUUCACUACCAGUUCUGACUUAGCAAUGCUGAAGCAACUAAAAUCUGCAGAAAGACUGUUCUUGCUGCUUAAAAGGCAACCCCCACUUAGCAUCUCUUCUGGAAGUAAAGGAAAAAUGUUUAAUGAAAUUCAAAGACUUGUAACUGGGGAUCCCAUGUGUUGGGUACAUGCUAUUUCAAUUUGGAGAAGUCUUCUUGAACUAGAAGAAAAAUUUCUACCUGAAAUGGCCAAACCCUCCAAAAGGAAGACAGGAGAAAAUAAAGACACCAUUACUAAGAAGUUAAAAAUAGAACAAACACUAGCAAUGCCAGUGGAUACAGAAUGUCAGCUAGAAAAGCAAAAAAAUGACAAGAUACAGGAACAUAAAAAUCUGAUAACUGAAAAAGAAAACUUUCAAGAAGAAAAAUCUGAAAAUGAUGGACACAAAGAAGUUGAGCAUCACCAGGGCAAAUUCACUUUCAGAGUUUCUUGUCGCUGUAGUGGAACAAUAGCAAAAACAUUUACCACAGAGGAGGUGGGAAGAGUAAUUGGAAUUGCUCUUAUAAAACAGUUUGGCUGGAAAACAGAUUUGAGAAACCCCAGUUUAGAGAUAUUUAUACAUCUAAAUGACAUUUACUCCGUGGUGGGGAUUCCUAUUUUCAGGCUUCCUUUGGCAAGUAGAGCUUACAUCAAGGCAGCAGGACUUCGUUCUACUAUAGCUUGGACAAUGGCAUCUCUCGCUGAAAUUAAUGCUGGUGCAGUAGUUUUGGAUCCAAUGUGUGGACUUGGAACAAUCCUGUUGGAAGCUGCCAAGGAAUGGCCUAAUGCCUAUUAUUUUGGUGCUGAUAUAAGUGACUCACAGUUACUGGGCGCAUGUGACAAUCUAAAAUCUGCUGGUCUCAUGGACAGAAUAGAAUUACUUAAGGUCUCUGUAACAGAAUUGCCAUUACUUUCAGAAAGUGUUGAUGUUAUUAUUUCUGAUGUUCCGUUUGGAAAAAAAUUUAAAUUAAGAAAAGACAUAAAAAGCAUUCUUCAUGAAAUGGAAAGAGUACUUUGUGUUGGAGGGACUAUUGUAUUAUUGCUUAGUGAAGACCUCCACAGGCACCUAGAAGAUUGUAAGGAAAGUAGCAUCAUGUGGAAUUCCAGUAAGGACAACACAAGUGAAUUUAAAAUUGCAAAGCAUGUGAAUGCUGAAGGACAAAAUGGAAUUCAAGAGAAUGUUUCAUCUUCAUUUCAAGACCACAGACAAGAAUGUUGGGACAGAAGGCCGUGUUCUAGCACCCUGGUGCAGAUGGAAUGCCAUAAAGUUAGCCUUGGCAGGACCGAGGCAUUCAUAUCAAAAUAUAAGAAAAUCCAUGCUUCUGGACGACGACACCCUUCUUAAUUGGUUCAGGUUAUAAGUUUAGCAGUUUGUAUUUUAGGUUUACAUUGGUGGAAGACCAGUGAUCUUCAUACCACAGUCUUCAUAAGGAAAUUCCAUUAAAAUUAUUCCACACACAUGAGCAAUGGAGAGACCCACCACCACUCCUCUCCUCUUCCCUACUACUCUAUUCCAAAGCUGCCUUGCACACUCACCCGGCAUGGCCAGUCAGCAAAGAAAACACAACCACCAAGGCAUCUUUACUCUUUGCUCUCCCUCAGCCCCUCCCCUGGUUAGUUACACAGAAUCCAUGGAGACUAGUCUUGUGUUCUGUAAGAAUUUAUUGUCAUUUGGGGGACCCCAUGUUUGGCUAAGAUUAGAAAGCCCCAGACUCUCAGUGUUUUUCUCUGUGUGAGCUGGGCUGGUGCCCCUCCACCACCUCAUCAGUGGCCAAGCUAAGAAGCCCCAUGGGCCUUGGAGCUUUCAGGGGCAGCCCAGCUGGAUGGCUGUGGAAAGCCUCAGCUCCCUCCGCCCUGACGGGAUAUGCCCUGGAGAUCCCAGGCUCACCUCCGCUGGCUGGCCCAGGGACAGCAGGGGCCAUGGCUCCCUCAAGCCCUGGGUGUGGUAUGCACGGCUCCUUCGAGCCCCCCCAGCGGCAGCCCUAGAGCUGCCAGCCAAUUAGCUUGGUGUGUAUGGGUACUUGGCCCGGGGUUCCCAAUGAGAGAGGCCUUUUAUAUACUGGGGAAGUUAGACAGUUGGAGGCGGGGGCAGAGACGGAAAGAGCAGCAGUUGCAGGAGGACUGAGAAAGGAGACUCAGGGAGACGCUACAGAGAAAGGGGGGGUGAGACUGAGAGACUGAGGAGAGGAGAGCUCGCAGGCAGCAGCUACAGAACAAGCAACAAGGGGGGUGCUUCGGCAAGAGAGAAAGUAGAGAGUCCAUUGGGGUCAAAUUCACAGGUCAUAUAUUUCUUGCUUUUCUUUGUAUUUAUUUCUAAGUUUGUUCCAUAUCAAUAAAUCCUGGUAUUUACUUAAAUUGAAAAGAGGCUUUUUCUUAUCAGUCUGGGAGAAGCAGUUGGGGGAUUUUUUAAACGGCCCUUACAGACUGUCUUAGGCAGCUAAUAGCCUACAGAUAGGCAGACAGCUAGCAGCUUUUAGAUGCUGAGCCAGCUAAUUUGAGCUAUAGAAAGUUUCAGAAUGGCGACCCAGAUGGGACUUACGAGCCAGCUAUAGCUUUUCAGAUAGCUUAUAGUUAUAAUUUUUUCAGAUAACCAGCCAGCCAGCCAGGAAUUUACAGAUUAGGAGUUAGUUAAAGUUUUCUUUCAGUUCACAUGACUUCAUUGACAUAGGAGUCACAAUUCUGUUCUUUCUGGCAAAUUAGAUGACCAUCCACCAGGCCUUACAUCUGCCUACCACUGCCUUCUAAGGUUAUAUUUGUAAAGUGCUUACUUGGGUGCCCGCACGUAGAAGGUGCUUAAUAAUACUUGUUCUCUCCCCUUCCUUCCCAUCUUCCCUCUUUGCAUCAACACCCUCCUGACACCACCCCCACUGUAUGUGACCUGUUAAUGGCCACCUGGGCCUUGCCAUCUGCCCUGUUGAUGAUACCUCUUAGGAUUUCCAGACCUUCCCAUCCCCCCUGCAGCUUUCUUUUAUGUGUUGUCUCCUCUCCAAUUGGAGUGUGAGCUCUUUGAGAGCAAGGACAAUCUCACUGUUGUAUAUGAAUCACCUGAUAAGCACACAGUGUCAGGUAGUGUUUAAUAAAUGCUUUUUCAUUCAUUCCGUUCAGUUUAUUCAUUCAUUCAUCCAUGGAUCCUCACUUUCAAUUGUCUGCUUUCAUAGUGCUUUGCUUAUGAAAGAGAUUUAGUGUUCUGUAUUAAGUGAAACAUUUUUAAAAAUCAUAUUACGAAUGAUAGAAUUUAAAGAACUAGUGCUGCUGUUCUCAAAAUAAGAGACACAGCUACCCUAAGCACUGUUUAUUGGGCAGGCAAUUCAUCAAAAAAUAAAUAUUUUUAAUGUUUUUAGUAGUUCAGAUUAAGUAUAUUGCAAGCAACUAUAAUGUAGCACAGAUUAGAUGUUUUGUAUUGUAGCUCAUUUUAUAAAUAUAGAAAUUAUUAUUUUCUUAAAUGGAAACUAUUCUGUGAAGCUGUUUUGAUAUGAAUCUAGACUUUUGUACACCCUGUAUUUUCCUUCUUUGUAAGAAUGAGAAUUCUUUUCAUUUUCAGUAUAUUGUAUCACCCAUAUUAAGGAUAAUGUCAGUGAAUUCAUCAUGCAAAUGUCAGCAAUGCCAACAUAUU